GCUUUUCUCGCUCGUGUUCUGUCUAUCCGACAUUUCUCUGUACGACUAUAGCCAAAGUUAUCCCAGAAUGCAAUAUACAGUGACGUCAUCAAAAUUCCGGUCUUUUUCUCGCGAGCAAUCAUGGCGGAUCAGAAUGAGAGAUCCUUUCAGAAGCAGCCAACGGUGUUUCUUAACAACAAGAAGAGUAUGAUCUCUGCCAAAGGGAAGAAAAAUGCUCGAUACUUCAGAAACGUUGGUCUAGGAUUUAAAACUCCAAGAGAGGCGAUGCUCGGAACUUACAUUGAUAAGAAAUGCCCCUUCACAGGAAACGUCUCCAUCCGUGGACGCAUCUUGAGUGGAGUAGUACAAAAAUUGAAGAUGCAAAGGACAAUUGUGAUCCGACGGGACUAUCUGCAUUAUGUCAAGAAAUACAAGAGAUUCGAAAAACGGCAUAAGAACAUGUCAGUACACCUUAGCCCAUGUUUCAGGGAUGUGGAAUCUGGUGACAUCGUGACUGUGGGAGAAUGUCGUCCACUCAGCAAAACUGUCCGCUUCAACGUCCUGAAGGUGGCCAAGGGUGGUGCCAACAACAAGAAAGGAUUUAAAAAGUACUAAUUUGUCAAUAAAAAAAAAAUAUCAGUGAAAAA